AUGGAUGGAAUGAACAUCGCCCAUCAUAUGGGGCCUAGGGUCCCUCUGCGAAGGAGGCUCGAUGAACAGGAGACCGUGGAAAGAGCUUGGAAUGUCGUCCCCAGCCGCGUAGUCGGCCGAUCGUCAGGCUCCUCGGACUGCAGCUCCAGCACAUCAUCUAAUACUUGCGAGAAGCCCACCAACAUGACUGUGCCGACGCAGAUCACUGUCGGUGUCUUGGUUCCAGUGGUGGUAGCGUUUGCGUGCGUUCUCUUCUACUUCCACCGCAGAAAUGUAAGGCGCCAAGCAUUGGAGGAUGCCAACGAGGCUCACAAAUCAUUGGACUUCGGUGUGGGAGAUGCGGGAAGUUCCAAGUCGAAGCGCAAGAGUGCUCUGGGUCUUGGUGGUGAGAAGUCGAAGAAGACCCGUGGUCUGUCUCUGGACAUGAACCUGUCGAGCCCGUACCUGCUGCCGGAGCAUGUCCAAGGCUCUCGAGAGUCGAUGAGCUCUCUCGCCAAGACGCUCCACCAACCGGAUGACCCAUACCGACCGAUCGCUACCUACAUGAGCGAGACAGGCUCUAUCCGCUCCUUCGAAAAGUCUGGCAGGUACACGCCUUCGAUGACCACAACCUCAACAAAGCGCGUAUCUCGUCAGUCCUACGCGUACCCGAAGUCGCCUGGCUACCCACAGCCUACUCCUCUGCGACAGAACUCAUACCCCAAGUCCCCGUCUCCCUUGACCCCCAGUGCUUCAUCUUCAGUGACCGCUGUUGAGUCUCCGGCCUCCGAAUUUGUGCCAUCGGUCCCUGGGAAGGAACCAACCGUCCCAGAACAUGAGCCUAUGCCGCAUCAUGAUGCUUCCACCCUGCCUCCUGUCAUUCCUGAAAUCCAGCAACCUGCUCCAGUGGCACAGAGGGGUGCGCCUGAGCCUGUGAAGGAACUGAACAUGCCCGACUUCUCCUUCUCCAACCACACAAGCAAGGAAUCAGUUGAUGAGCUGGCGAUACGGUCUACCACCAACAGCAGCAUCGGUCUCGGUGUGUUGGACGGUCCACAAGCCCCCAAGCAAAGCUCUCCAUUCGCCGAAGUUGCUGUCAAUGCUGGUCCUGGUCACCAAAGUGUCUCUGCCGCAAUCGAGUACACCGAGGAUUACGCAGACUACAGCUUCCCCCCGGCGAUCGAGGAGCCACAGGAAGAUGACCAACGCGGACGUUCUCGUGUCCGUGAAAGUGCUCUUGCAGUUCCGGUGCAGAACAGCAACCGCCUGUCCAUUGGAUUCCGGCCUCUGCCGCCAGAUGAGGUGAUAGAGUCUGAGGAUCCGGAGACCAGGGCUAAUCGUAUCCGAUCCUUCUACAAGGAAUACUUUGAGGAAAAGGACCCCAACAGGCAAACACAGUACGCCCCAGCUGGUGGAAAUCAACUGGGUGAUGGCGCCUAUUUCGACCCUGAUUCCAACCAAUUCAUCAUGCCCUACGCCCAGCCUGUUGGCCGUCGUGCGAUGACGCCUCCUCCAUCUGGAUCCCGCUUCCCCGGCCCGCGUGGGCCAGGUCCUCGCGGCCCUGCGUCAAGGGGCCCGCCCGGACCCGGAGGACCAUUCCGUGGCCGGGGCCACGCGGGCUCCAUCAGCGGCAUGAGCAUGCCACGUGCGGGUUCGGCCAUGUCUUUUGGGCCACGACCUGACUCGUCCGCAUCUGCCCGCGCUCCUCGCUCUGGGUCUGCCAUGUCCGGAAGGCCCCGCAAGCCCAUGCCACCGCCGGCUGCCCUGAACACCUUGCCUACCCCGUCCAAGCUCACAGAUGACCACUUCUCCCUCAUCAAUGCUGCCGACUUCGCUCCUCCAGAGAGCUUCAGCGACCGCGCCGCCGGGCGGUCCCAAAGCCCUCUCGGCGAGCGUCGCCAAUACGCGCCCAAGGUUCCCAUUGCCUCUCCACUAGUAACCACUUUUGACGAGAUGGCCGCUCUCCCCAGCCCUCACGUCCUGCGGAAGUCCAGCACCUUCACUGGCCUUGACUUCGCUCCCCCACGCAAGUUCAAGGAUCCCGACUCGAUGAGUGACGCAGGCUCCAUCCGAUCCAACCGCAGCGGUGUGUCGCAAGCAGCCAGCUAUGCCAUGCGCAGUGGUGCCGGCCGUGUCAGCCGUCUGCCCGGAGACGUCAUCUUCACCUCAGACGCAGCGUUGGACUCGCUGAAGCCGACGUGGAACAUAGGUGGCGUGGACACGAAGAAGCAGUCUUAA